GCUCAAGACUGGGCUCGAGGCUGCAGGCGAGCGCCGCACAGGAUUUGCAGCGCGCGUGUCCGAAGGCUGGCACGGCCGCCAGCGGCCAGCGGGUCAUGUUCCCCGAUGAGGGUGACCCGCUGCGCACGGUGCAGAGCAUGCUUCUGGAGGGGGGGGGGGGGGCCCAGACGCCACAGCGCAGCACCAGGCAGAGAGCGCUCUCGCGGGCCUCCUGCCUCGCAGCGGCGGCCGUCUGCGUCGCCGCGGGGCUCUGCCUCGCGACGCGGCAUCUGCAGCAGGGCUCGUCGGACAGCCAGUCCGAGGCCCCGCCCCCGUCGCCGGCCGCUCCAGCUGCGCGGGCCGCGCCCGAGGCGCCGGCGCCCCACGGCUUGCAGCGCGGCUCGUGGCAGCACAGCCUGGAGGCCCUGACGAAGGAGCUCCGCGAGGCGGCAGCCUCCCGCCGCGCACUUCUGGAGGCGCUGGCUGGGACCGACAAGCCGUUCGAUCGAUUGGCAGCUGGGCGUAAUCGACGACUUCAGCAUCAUCCCAUCAAAAGUUGUUUCUGCGUCUUACACUCGGCGUUGCCAACAGAUUAACGGACCGUAUUGUGAGCCCAAGCAGUGCGCAGAUGAGACGCACUCAGAUCUUGGAGUAGAUUGCGCUGUAGGUGUGUGCACGCGGACUUGCUUAACUUUUUCUGACCUGGGGCAUUUUCAGCCCGGAGACGCGGACGGGCACCCCAUCGUGUGCGGCGACGACUUUGCUGGGAUUGGGCAAGUUGAAUUGCCACGCCUGUACAAUCGCACAACUGAUUUUGUCCAAGGCAGCACUGGCUUUGUGCUGGUCGACCUGUGGGGGGGCGGCGGAGGCGGCACGGGCGCCGUGAAGACGGCGUCGUCCGAGAGCACGGUCUUUUUGGAUGUUUCGACCUCGUAUGGUUCGCUGUCGGGCCUAUACGAGCGGAAGGGGGCCACCGCCGGAGGGGCUAGCUGGUACAAGCACACGGACCAGACCCUGCACAUCUUUUACGAUCCUGAUUGCAGCGAUCAUGGCUGGGGCCCCUCGUGGUUCUUUAGCAGUAACGCGCCAGACACCACCAGGCGCAUUGGUUUGGACCCAGGCAACCUCUUCCAGUCCACCAACACAUGUAGGUUCAUAAUUGCAAUUCCUGGCGAGCCAAAUUCUGUCCCCAUGGGUCGUCAGAGAUGGGUCGCAGAUGGCAGAAAUGUCGACGUCACCGUCAAGCUGGCAACUUCGGAGGCAUGGGUGUGCGGCGGAGGCGGUGGCGGCGGCGCGCACGUGAAGGCGCUGGUGGAGAUGAAAGCUGGCCAGACUUAUCGAAUUGAGGUAGGCGAUGGCGGCACUCCCGGCAGCCAAGGAAAUUCCGCACAGAACGGGCGAGCCACGCGCCUCCUCCAGCGCACGGAGGCGUCAGACUGGAAGGUGCUUGCCGAGGCAGCUGGCGGCUUCGGCGCUGGCAAAUUCAACGCAGACUUUCAGUACAGCCCUGGCGGCCAGGGAGGCUUCUCCAGCCCGCACCGCUCCCACGUGGAAACGCACCCAGGCUCUGCUGGCUCUGCCUCGCGCAGCGAGCUCGUGCUGCCGAGCAAGAUCCUGCCUCCGGAGCGCCUUGUGGGCCCCGUAGAGCUCGUGUGCGACGAGGCCAAGCCAGGUGACAGCUGCAUGUGUGACGGGACCAAGCAACUGAGUUGUAGCGGUCCGUGGAGUUGGGACUCAGGAGGUCUAACAACGUCAAUCAACGUCAACGGCCAGGCUCUGAACAACUUCCGAACGCGCGUCGACGCCCGCCUGCCAUGCGGCGACAUCUACCCGCCGCGCAUCGGCUGCCGUGUGGAGUCGCCUGCUGACUGGUUCCUUACCUGCAGCUCCGCCUUCCGGCUGGGGUCCACCGACUCGAGCUUCAUGCACUGCCACGGUGCAGCCAUCGAACAAGUCGUGGGACACGGCGAUGGACAUGGCCAUGCGCAUCCAGGGCCGUGGGCUUCUAAGAUAGAGGUAGCCCUUCAGGGUCCGCUUGGUGGCUCCGCCGUGGUUGGCCGUGGCGCAGCAUCGGCGGCCGCUGCUGGGCACGGCGGUGGCGGCUUCUGCCCAGUCAUGCUGAGGUCCGGUGGCGAAGGGGCGCCGGCAGUCGUCCAGGGCCACGCGGGCAGUGCCGGGAAAGCAGGCCUGGCCACGCUGAGCCAAUGCCGCCGCCGCGGCGCCUACGUGCUCGCCCUGCAGCGAUGCCGCGCUGGCCGUGGGGCGUGGACGCUGCACGGGCUGUGGCCAGAAGGGGCACAGGACUGCUCGGGCGAUGCCUUCAGGCUGGGCGGGCUGGGCGGCCUGCGGGCGCGCAUGAGCGCCGCGUGGCCGAGCUGCUCGGUCAGAUCUUCUGCGGAGGGUUUUUGGGAGCACGAGUGGCGCAAGCAUGGCACUUGCUUCGGCACCGAUCAGAUGCGCUACUUCGAGCUCUCCCUGCAGCUGCUCGAGAAGCAUUCUGGCGCGUGUGCCGGCUGGACGUCAGACGAGUGCAGGCUGUGCUUGACCGCCGACUUCGAGCUCUGCGCUGGCCUAUCAGACGGCUUGUCCACUCUUGUUGCGUAGCUGGCACAUGGAACUCGCGCAGGCAGCGCAGGCCGUCUUCCGGGCGGCCAGCGGACCCUAUUGAGGAACGGCGCAGCUCGACUUCAUGCAGCGAUUCUGAGGCAAUGGCCUCAUGCUCGGCCGCGAUGUGGCGACGGUUGUCGCCGCCGCCGUCGGUGGCCAGCGGCCUUCCACGGCCCUCGCAGGGGCGGCGCCGGAGGCGCCGCCAGGGCGGUCCAGCGCCGAUCCGAGAAAUCCGCGCGGACCACCGAGUUUUUAUGGUCAUGUCAUUGUUUGUUCCUCCACUCGCAGGCCCUCGCAGGCCUUCGCAGGCCCUCACCGGAGUGGGCAGCGGCCCUUCGGCGGCUCUUGGCGGCCAUUCGGCGGCUCUCGG